AUGGCCCUGUCUUAUCCGGAGGGUGAGUGUUUCUUCAAGCGCUCUGGCUUGGAAACAACUUACUACGAUUCCAAUAACACUCAUCAAUUCUAUGGCCACUUUCUGCUGGAAUACAUAUGGAAUAAGCCUUCCUUUCAUGGAAGCGACGCUAAGCCAGAAGGCUAUCAUCGCCGCUCAGGGUACAAAGUGGUCAAAGGCAGUCUAUGGAACACAAACUAUGGUGCAUGGACUCAAAUGUUCGUCAUGUACGGAAAACACCCUUAUUCGGACUAUGCGGACCCGGAUCAAUACCGGGUCGCAGAGCACAACCUGUGUACCUCUGGAAAUCGAUUUCGAGACCAGGAAAAGGGUGGAUCUUUGGAGUCCUUCUUCAUGGUGCUGCCUAUGCCGAAAUUGUCUGAUGCGGAAGAGUGGCUUCUUAUUGAUCGGACUGCUCAUAUUCGGGCAAUCUACAUCCCCGUUGCCCAACAAACGUCGGAAGAACAUCCCGAGCUGUGCACAUUCCUGAACGUGAAUUUUGCAACUGGUCGAGAAAUUCGCAUUCUAAGUCACCAUUACAAGGCGGAACAUGACCUUCCAGGUUCAUACAGUGUUACCGAUGGUACCUGGGAAACGGUGAGAACAGAGGUUGCCCUCGGACUACACUCUGAUGCAAAUUGGACCCUGGCGAUCAACAUUCCGCAUUUGGUGAAUCUACUGUCGGUGCCGCGAUUUCUGCGAAAGCAUAACGUGUUUUCAUCUAAAACCAUUCGAAUGGUUGAUCAACUCUGUGUUUCUACGAAGGGAAAUGUUCAAAAAUUCUCUGACGGCGCCGACAUAGAUUGGACCACGAUUGUCAACGCAAAUUUCGGCCUAACGGUUCAAUGGGCUCCCCCGAUCCGAAACAGUGUGACGAUCGCCGCAGGAUUCAUGCCAAUCGUUGGGCCGAUUGCAGCGGUCGCCUUCCCUUUGGUUUUCACGGCUAUAACCGACCCAGCAAGCUUCGAAGCUACACUUCGAAGUACCAUACCGCAGCUUGACUUGGCAAAGCAUAUCGAAUACCAGCUUCAAAAAAGCACUCAGGAUCAACGAAGCUAUUUAUCUGAUAGCUGGAGAAAGUCAAUUCAGGGUGGAGGGGGGCUGUUCCUUCCACCAACAAAAGUCCCAGGCACUAGCGACACUACAUCUUCUCGGUCAAUUCCAGUGCCACAAGUGGUGAAACCAAAGCCCACAAUACCACCAGCUCCAGUACCCGAAGUGAAGAAACCUUCCCAGCCCAAGACAAGAUCCAAGCUCACGGAAGGAGAUUUCAAAGAGUUGUUUGCCACCAAGCAAGUGAUACGCAAUUAUGUACAAGACACUCAAUCCGAAGAUAUCAUAACUCAGGCCGAGGAAAGUGAUAUGCCUCCGGGUCCACCGCAAAGAAUAACAAUUCUCGAUCACGACUAUCCGCGAGAAGAUUUGAUUCUAGGAGAUUCAUUCGUGGAACAGAAAUACCCGGUCUUGGAAACCGUGGAGAACGAACCUCUCAGUGAUUUAGUCACAAGCGCCCAAUUCCAAUUGGCCGAUCAGAUCUUCCAUCGCUCGGAUGAAGAGUCCACUUCUACCUUCAACGCAACGGAUUCCACGAAUGACCCACCGGAGGAAGUGAUUGACGAGCUAUUUCCAGAAAAUCCACUUGUUUCGGACACAAGUAUCCCGGAGAAUGACUAUCAUUGGAUGGAGAAUUAUCUUUAUGAUCUAUGGUUUGGAUCAGAGGAGCAAACAGACGAGACCGAGGUUGACUUGGACCCGGAACAGGGGACUGAAAUGGAGCAAGAGGCUGAAGAGGAGUCCGGCUAUGGAUCUCAAACAUGA